AUGACCAAGGCAGAUCCCAUAAGAUUUAUGUUAAACAAACCUAUACCUUAUAGUAGAAUAGCCCGGUGGAUACUAAUGCUUAGCGAGUUUGAUAUCACUGUCAUGUAUCCAAAGGCACAGAAAAGUCAGGCCUUAUCUGAUCUAUUGGCAUAUUUACCUGAUAAUGAUGAAAAUUUACUCAUGGAAGAAAUCCCUGGAGAGUUACCUGAGGGUAUGAUUUGCAAUGAGAGAACACAAGAAUGGUGGGCAAUAACAUUUGAUGGGUCGUCAACUGCUAAAGGAGGAGGUGCAGGAAUAGUAUUAACUGAUCCUGCGGGUAAGAAUCAUAUUCAAGCUUAUAAGUUAUCGUUUGACUGUACUAACAAUGAAGCUGAGUAUGAGACACUUAUUCUGGGAAUGACGGUCGCGCUAAAAGUGGAAGCCAGAAAAGUUAUGAUUAGAGGGGACUCCAAACUUGUUAUCCAGCAAGUCAAAGGGGAAUUUUCUGUGAAAGAGCCAUCAUUGGCAAUAUAUCGAACAAUGGUCCAAGAGCUAGCAAAGAAUUUUGAGGAAUGUCAAUUCGAACAUAUGCCUCGAACACAAAAUAGGUACGUCGAUGCUUUGGCUACUUGUUUGGUUUUGUGCCCUAAAUAA